AUGGCAACAGCACAGACCAGAACGCCUCGUUACAAUGAACAGCAUCCACCGGAAAUGGAGAUCACUGGCUAUUUCUCUGGAAAAAUCAACGAGGCCAUAGGUGAGGUUGACUUCCUUCUUCGUCAGGGUCCCGUUAUCGUUCUCUCUCUCGAGGGCCACUCAACAUGGGGUACUAGGCUUGCGCACCCAUCUCGUAAUGCGGUAUCUGUCUUUCGGGAUCUUUCGGAAAUCGACGAAACCAGAGUCACUUUCAAGCUCUACCCCCCUGAUCUACCGAGAGAGGCAACGUGGGAGACCCGACCAGUUGUGCGGAAGCUGCGGCCAAACGAAAUCCUUUUUGUGAAAGGGUCGGUCAGAAUGGGGAUAGAGGUUCCUACUGGGGGUUCUUUUGUCUGGCUAGGAAACAGUGGUGACCCAAUGGCAUUUGACAUGCUUGGCCCAGAGGUCUUUGAAUUCAUGGCGAUUUGA